UGGUGCUUGCAGGCGCAAACCGUGUGUAGAUGAAAGAGGCUGUGGACGAGUUGUCAGUUGGGUAAAGAAAGAGUUACUGAGCUCGAAGAAUUGACUCCUUGUUCACUAGUUAGUUAUUAAUAAAUAUAUUUUUCUUGAGCUAGUUCAGUCACGUUUCUGAUGGGUUUACUGACGAUUCUGAAGAAAAUGAAACGCAAAGAACGAGAGAUGCGAUUGCUGAUGUUGGGUCUCGACAAUGCCGGAAAAACAACUAUUAUGAAGAAGUUCAACGGAGAAGAUGUCAGCACUAUUUCUCCAACGCUGGGAUUUAACAUUAAAACACUUGAACACAGAGGGUUUAAACUGAACAUUUGGGAUGUUGGCGGUCAGAAAUCUCUACGCUCCUACUGGAGGAACUACUUUGAGAGCACAGAUGGCCUGGUGUGGGUCGUCGACAGUGCCGACAAACUACGUCUUGAGGACUGCAGGCGGGAGCUGAGUGCACUGCUGCUGGAAGAGCGGUUGGCCGGAGCCACCCUCCUGGUGUUUGCCAACAAACAGGAUUUGCCUGGAGCAUUGUCCAAAGAUGCUAUUAGAGAGGCCCUUGCGCUGGAUGAUAUAAAGACGCAUCACUGGUGCAUCAUUGGAUGCAGCGCUAUGACAGGGGAGAACCUGCUGACUGGUGUGGACUGGCUGCUUGAUGACAUUGCUGCCCAAAUAUUUACUGCAGACUAAUGUGCAAAGUUAUCCUGAUAUGAACUGAAAUGAAGAAAAAUCCCUUUACCGUGUCUGCCUAAAAACAUAACGUAUACUGCAAAUACUAACAAUAAACAGGCAUAUUAAAAAGUAUUCCUC